AUGGACGUCUCUCCGCCCAAUCCCUUCGUCUAUCCCAGCGUCAUCAAGGCUUGCUCGGUUCUUCGCGAUCUAGCGCAGGGGCGAGAGAUCCAUCGCAGGAUCAUCCAACACCAGCACUGCCUCGAUGCUGUCACCUCCACCGCGCUCGUGGACAUGUAUGCCAAGUGUGGGGAUUUGGAGACCGCCGCCACCAUCUUCUCCUCGAUCCAGGAGAAGACGCUCGUCUCCUGGGCUGCCAUGAUCUCCGGCUACGUUCGCAACGAGCGCUACUCCCGGGCGAUUGGGAUCUUCCACCGGAUGAACUUGGAAGGUCUGGAACCCGACGACUUUAUCCUCUCCAGCCUUCUCCUGGCGUGUUCUAAGAUCCAAGCUCUGGAUCAAGGCCGCACUAUCCAUGCCAGGAUCCUUUCUUCUUCUUCUCCGGCAGCCACGAACUUGGUUGUGGAGACUGCGUUGAUGGUGAUGUACGCCAACUGCGGGAGCUUGAUCGAUGCAAAGUCCAUGUUUGAUGGCAUGAGCAGCAAGGAUUCCAUCGCCUGGGCCACCAUGAUCGAAGCUUACUUCCGGUACGGCGACACUGGAGCCGGGAUCGCUGCUUUGAGAGUGAUGAUCCUCGAGGGCGUCAAACCGCAAGCUAAGUUCUUCACGGCCUUUCUCAGCUCCUUGAGAAGACUGGCCGCUCCAUCCCUGCUGCUUCUACUUCCCGAUGUGAGGAGAGUUUGCUGCUGGAUUGCUUCCACCGGGCUGGACGUGGCGAAUGCCGGCGUUGGAAACGCUCUCGUGAGUCUCUUCGCGGCCUGUGGUGCCGUGGACGACGCGGUGGCGGCGUUCCAGCGAGUGAGUUUCCGGACGGUCGAGUGCUGGAACUCGGUGAUCCUGGCACUGGCAAGCGCUGGCCGGGAGAGAGAGGCGCUGGAUCUCUUCCAGGAGAUGGAGAAGACGAGUGCUUUGGUUCCAGACGCGGUGACACUGAAUAGGAUCCUCGGUGCCUGUGCUGCCAUCGGUGCUCUGGACGAAGGAAGAGCGAUACACUCUCAGCUCAAGAUCCACCCGGACGGUCCCGUGGGAAACUCUCUCGUCCACAUGUAUGCCAAGUGCGGAAGCCUGAUGGAAGCUCGCCAAGUUUUCGAUGGAAUGCUCGAGAGGAACGUCGUCGGCUGGACUGCUAUGGUCGUUGCUCUUGCCCACCACGGCUUUCACGGAGAAUGCCUGGAGAAGUUCCGGUUGAUGAGGCACCAUGGCAUUGAUCCCGACGGUGUCGCCUUCACGAACUUGCUGAAUUGCUGCAGCCACGCCGGACUGGUAUCUCGGGGAUGGAUGUUCUUCGCGGCAAUGACGCAGGAUCACGGGAUGGAACCCACGGGAGAGCAGUACGAGGUGAUGGUGGACUUGGUUGCAAGGUGUGGAAGACUGGAAGUGGCGGAGGAGCUGAUGGAAGCCAUGCCUUUUCAACCGGAUGAGGAGGGCUGGCUCAUCGUUCUAGGAGCUUCCAAAACCCAGGGAGACGUCGAGCGUGCUUGCUGGGCGGCUCGAAACUCUCUUGCGUAUGGGAGAGUAGAGUCUUCGCCUGUGAAGCUUCUUUUCAUCUCAGCUCCCAGGAUGUCUUCUUCAACUUCGUUGGCCUGUGUGCUCGCUGUUGCGUCUCUGGUUUCCAUGGCUGCCACCCAGCAGCUGAGCCACUGCAGGGAGGAGAGGGACGGUGUCUUCUCGAGCGAGGAGAUCGACUUCUCCACCCCAUACGCCACCAAUCAGAACCGUCUCCUCGACAUCCUCAAAGACACGGGCAGCGACUCUUCCAACUACACCAGCGUUGGAGACGCUCCAUACGUUGCUUACGGUCUUGCCGAGUGCUAUGGCGACUGCGGUAAUUGUCUCGUUGAGGCCAGGAACACCAUCAAGAACACAUCUCCACGGGCCGUGGGUGCUAGCCUCUGCACUGAUGCCUGCUACUUGCGCAUCGAGAAUUACAGCUUUUUCAACUAGUCGCAAGCCUGCAGCACGGUAAGAAGUUAUAGACACUCUAGCGGAGAAUAACAGAGCCUCUGUUUGCAAGUACCUCGAG